GACCUUGCUCUGUACCAAUACCUGCACUAUGUUCCGUGCAGUCUUUUCUUCAGCAUCAAGGAAUGCUGCAAAGCAUUGCAGAGUACCAUCACGUCAAUAUCACCCGCUCGCAACCACAUGGGGAUCUUCACCAACAGCGAAUCUGGUACCUAUAGUCAUCGAACAAACCGGAAGAGGUGAACGAUCAUAUGAUAUAUUCUCGCGCCUCUUACGCGAACGUGUGAUCAUGUUGUAUGGCCCGAUACGGGACACGGACUCAGCCCUGACUGUGGCUCAGCUUCUCUUCCUCGAAGCAGAGGAGUCAUCUAAACCGAUCCAUUUAUAUAUAAACUCACCUGGUGGGAGUGUCACCGCUGGCCUAGCAAUCUACGAUACAAUGCAGUACGUAUCAUCACCCAUACAUACUUACUGCGUAGGCCAGGCAUGUUCUAUGGGAUCUCUGCUACUUGCAGCAGGGGCUAAAGGAAAGCGUCAUUGCUUGCCAAAUGCUAGUAUAAUGAUACACCAACCUUCUGGCGGAGCCUCCGGUCAAGCUUCUGACAUAGCGAUACAUGCGAAGGAGAUAUUGCGCGUUCGACAGCUGCUGACAGGUAUAUAUCAACGGCACUGUGCAAAGGAGGGGGAAACGGAAGCAGCAGGACUGGAGCGUUUCGAGAGAGCACUGGAACGAGAUUAUUUCAUGACGGCACGGGAAGCUUUAGAAUUUGGUAUUGUAGAUGGUAUUCUAGAGAGAAGGCCUCCUUCUGAAAGUGAAAGUCCGCCUCCAUGAAUAACCUAUCAUCGACAACAUAUAGGAUCACUGGGCCUGAAAGCGUCAAUAUAGGAGUUAUUCUUUUUGCAUUGUCCUUCUUUUGAAGUAUGUGCCCAUUAUGAAAAUGCUUUGCGUG